AUGCAGAAUUCCCUCUUCAAUUCUGCCCUGAAGCAGUCCUCUGCGAUCCGCCGAGACCUGGACACCUUUGCGCAAUCACCGGCCACAUCCUCCGCCGCGCUACAAGGCCAGAUCUCUGCAUCACUCACUUCGCUCUCCCGCACCGUGGACGACUACUCUGCGCUGUCGAAAAAGGAGCUGAUCCAGGAGAAACAAGAAAAGGCAUUCGAGCGAGUCAAGAACUUCCGCAACGAACUAGCAGAUUACCGCACGCAACUCGACCAGCUGCGAAAAGAGCGCGAGGAAGCCCAAUCCGCCACCAACCGCAGCGAACUCCUCGGCCGCCGUCCACACCACGCCGCCACGCCCGAGAACCCUUACGCGCAGUCCUCUGCACCCCCUUCAGCCUUCGCACCCACCUCGUCGGGCCUCAGCUUCGGCGCCGGGCCCUCAGACUAUAACCGCGAGUCACACGCCCUGCGCGAGCAAUCCUUCUUCUCCAGCACACACAACCAGCUCGACGACUUCCUGGACCGCGGGCGCGCCGUGCUCGCCGAUCUGGGCGAGCAGCGCGAGAUCCUCAAGGGCACGCAGCGCCGCCUGUAUAGCGUUGCCAAUACGUUGGGCGUGAGCGGCGAUACCAUUCGCAUGGUCGAACGGCGCGCGCGCCAGGAUAAGUGGAUUUUCUGGGGUGGAGUGUUGAUUUUCUUCCUGUUUUGCUGGGCAGUUCUGCACUUUCUUCGGUGA